UAUUAGUAAAACACAAUAGAUAGAAUAUAAAAGCAGUCGGGUUCGUUUCCAUUUAUAUAUUCCAAGUUUCAAACCCUACAAUAUACACUGCUAAUUUUCCGAUUUUGGCUGAUGUGUUUCUGACGAAAAUCAAAUAACGGUGAUAACUGAUAACCCCUUUGUGCCGGUUGAUAUGGCUGGCCAGAUGAAUAACUUCGGGAAAAGGUUGCAGUCUGAUUCAGAAUUUCCAGGAAAUGAUGGAGGCAAACGAAGGAAUCCAACUGAUGAAAGAGACUCAAAUACCAUUGGACCAGAGGAUACAGUUUACCGUUUUUUGUGUCCCUUAGGUAAAAUUGGAAGUAUAAUUGGUGUGGGUGGGGAUAUUGCUAAACAGUUGAGAGCUGAAACCAAUUCAAAAAUUAGGAUAAGUGAGACAAUACCUGGAUGUGAGGAGCGUGUGGUUACUCUUUAUAGUUCGAGUGAAGAAACUAAUGAAUAUGAAGAAACAGGUGAUCUAAUUUCACCAGCACAGGAUGCUCUCUUUAGGGUUCAUGACAGAGUAUUUGCAGAAGAGGCACGCAUGGAAGAUGAGCUGGGGGAACCUCAGCAGAUUGUUGUUCGGCUUCUUGUGCCAUCAGAUCAGAUAGGUUGUGUUAUUGGGAAAGGCGGACAAGUGAUCCAAAAUUUGCGCAGUGAAACUGGUGCUCAGAUUCGAGUUUUAAGCAGUGAACAUUUGCCCCCUUGCGCUCUUGGUUCUGAUGAGCUGAUCAUGAUAACAGGGGAAGGUGCAGUUGUGAAAAAGGCACUUUAUCAAGUAGCAUCACGCCUUCAUGAAAACCCUUCACGAUCCCAGCACCUGUUACUUUCAUCAGCUAGCAUUUAUAGAUCUGGUGGUGGACUUACGUAUCCGCAUGCUGGUGCCCAUGCCUUGGGUAUGACUUCUGUAAUGGGUUCUUAUGGGUCUUACAGAAAUGAUGGUAGAAAUAGGGUGGCUUCUGCAAAGGAAUUCUCCAUCCGUUUGGUUUGCCCGAACGAAAACAUUGGAGCUGUGAUUGGCAAAGGUGGAAGUAUAAUCAAACAGUUAAGACAGGAAUCAGGCGCAUCAAUUAAAGUCGACAGUGCAGCUGCUGAAGGAGAUGACUGCAUAAUAUUUGUAUCAGCUAAGGAGACAUUUGAAGAUCCAUCCCCAACAAUUGAUGCGACUAUGCGCCUGCAACCACGGUGCAGUGAGAAAACAGAGAAAGAAUCAGGUGAUACUGUCAUCACAACUCGCUUGCUUGUACCCAGUUCACGAGUUGGAUGCCUUAUAGGGAAAGGUGGUUCCAUCAUUAGUGAGAUGAGAAAUACCACGAGGGCGGGUAUUCGUAUCCUAGCCAAGGAAAAUCUUCCCAAAGUUGCAUCUGAAGAUGAUGAGAUGGUGCAGAUUACUGGAGACCUCAAUGUUGCUUGCACUGCAUUGUUCCAAAUAGUUUUGCGCUUGAGGGCAAAUGUUUUUGAGAUGGAAGGAACUUUAGCUGCAAUUUCACCAGUUCUUCCAUAUGGUGGAGUGCCUCCCAACAUCUCAGAAGGUUCAAAGUAUUCUAAUCGUGAUAAUAAAUCACGUAGCCAUGGGAAUCCAAUGUAUUCUGGUGGACGUGAUUUAGAGGAUUCUAUUCCAAAUGAUAGUUAUGGUGGUUCACAGAUUGGUGGUGGAAGUAGUUAUGGACCUUAUGGAGUUUACUCUAGCCGUUCUAAUAGUGCAGGGUUAGCUAGCCAUAACCCUGUAUCUUAUGGCAAGUCUAAUGGUUUCUAGAGUUCUUGGUUGUGAGGGCUACAGCUCUGGUCCAUGAUGCCCAAGCCAGCCCGUGCCCCUUUUGAUGCAGCCUAAGAACAGAAGAUGAACAGGAUAGAGAAAGUUGUGGUUGUCUUGCCCAUAGCAUUGUUGGUUUUUAGGAGUUGUGGUCAUCUUGCCCAGUUUUAUACUUUUAUAUUGUAAUGAAACAUUGUCUGGUUGUUUGUGGCCUUGUACCUGAUACCUUUAGGUUCUUUGCUUUCAUAAACCAGUGCCAAAGCAUUUACGUGUAAUUUAGCACUACUUUGAUAAUCUUUUUUAAUUCUUUUGAAACUUGUGCAAGUGGUGAGAAAUUCUUUUGUGAUACCAUAUAACAAGAUUUCACCGCAUCAUUAAGCAUUGA